AUGGCAAACAUAGUGACAUCAGUGUGCUGUGUGGUGCUAGCAGCUGUGGUGGUGGUGUAUGCACAAAGGCGCAGUCAACAAGGUGCCAGGAUCCAGUAUGAGCGGAUAGGCAGUGACGUUACCAUGCAGUGCGGCUCUUUGGACACCAAUGCGUCAGUGACAUGGAAGGUAAAUGGAACGGAUGUGAAGGCGCGCCGGCGGGAGGAGGGGUCUCGACUAGUUCUCAUGGAUGUCAACAUGAGCAGCAACGGCCUGUACAGUUGCUUCCAGAACCCCGACGGAGAACGACGUGACCAGAUCAAUUUGCGAGUGGGCUUGCCUCCGAGGGAACCACAGGUGACAUGUCGAUCAAACACAUACCCGAAGGGCUUCUACUGCAGCUGGCAUCUCCAGCAUUCCACGUAUAUUCCCACGGACUUCGAAGUCAAUGUCCAACACAACCAGAGGUCUUUGGAGGUGAGGAGAGAUGAAGUCCAUAAGAACAGGUGUCAUGUCAAGUUCCCUGAGCUCUUCUCCAGCUUCCCUUACCGGGUCAAUGUGACGGCAGUGAAUGCCUUGGGCAGAAAGUCCAACACAAUCACCUUUGAGGAGUUUUCCAUAGUGAAACCUGACCCUCCUGAGAAGGUGGUGGCCAAGCCCAUUCCUAACAACGUGCGGAGACUGGAGGUGACCUGGAGCAGCCCCUCUACAUGGCCUGAUGUGGAGAACUUCCCCCUCAAGUAUUUCUUGCGCUACAGGCCGCUCAUCCGAGAUCAGUGGCAACACGUGGAGCUGUCAGACAGCACCUCACACACCAUCACGGACGCCUAUGUCGGGAAGGAAUACAUCAUCCAGCUGGCUGCCAAGGACAUGGAGAUUGGCACCUGGAGUGACUGGAGCGUGGCUGUUCACGCCACCCCCUGGACGGAGGAGCCUAAACCCAUCACCUCCACCACCGAGGUAGAGGUUCUAACAGAUAUCACCCCAUCCCCUGCCCCACCUUCAGCCAAGCCCAGAGUGGGUGUGGCUGCUGGAGGUUGCUCCACUCUGCUCUGGUCGUCCCACCUGCUUUUGGCCUGCAUUCUGCUGUCCAUCAUGUGGUAG